GUAUCAUUUUUCUUUUUUCUAAAAAUGUUUUUAAGAGACAUCAUCCAGAAAGUUAAUACUUUCCGUAGAAACGUUGAGUCUUGAAUCUAUUAUUUGCCUUCUGCUGUUUGUCUUUACAAUAAAAGUGCAAAAGCUGUAAAAAAAGAAAAAAAAAAAACUAGUUCUAUUCAGGAUUCCAACAUGGCUGUGCACACAUAACCAAAUGCCCUGAAGACACUUUUCUAAACUGAAAUUCUUCAUCAGCGUCUACAGCUCUUUGAAGAAAUCUGUGUGAUAUGAUUUAAAGCAACAUGUAAUUUCCCUUUAGGAAUAAGUAUUUUUGAAUUGAAUUUUAUUUUUAGCUAUAAAAACGAAAAGCGACAUUUUUAAGAAAUCGUCAUAAAAUUAAAAAUAAACGAAUAAAUCAAACAGCUAGUUGUCUUUUGUUUUUCAACUGUUUUCAUGAAUAUCUGAAUAUUAGAACUAUGCUAUAUAUGUAAACUAACCAAAGAUCGUACAUUAAAACGAGAUGUUUUCUCGUUUACGUUUUCCUGGACUCUAGAGUAAAUUAAAUAUGAUAGAAUUCGUGGUCAGAGUGAGAGCUCUGUCUCUGUGGUUGAGCUAUGGAGAAAACAAACCAACAUGUCUGCUCUCACAAAGUCGUUCACGUUGGCUAGCAGAAGAGUAUUCUCCAGGAGUAUAAGGCAGCAUUCAUCAGUGACAACUGAGCUGAUGGAAAACAUGGAUAAGAAAUCAGCAUGGGACCGUUUCUACUCAGAGACCAGCAGCAGGAGUCCCAAUUUCAAAAACUUUGAGUGGUUCUUCGGUUUCGAUGCUGUGCAGGACUUCAUCACGCCCUUCCUACAGACUGCGUCCCUUUCACGCCGUCCUGUCCAGGUCCUGGACAUGGGAUGUGGCACAUCUGCGUUAGGCCCCUCCAUCUACAGAGACUCCACUUUGCCAGUGCGAGUCACCUGUGCCGACAUCUCCCCCGUAGCCGUGCGGCUAAUGCGGGAGCACGUCCGGGCUAACCCCGUCCGACCUCGCAACGCUUCCUCUCAAAUGGAGUUUUUAGAACUGGACUGCACCCAGCUUGACAGCCACUACGGUCCCAGCAGUCUGGAUCUUAUUGUUGACAAGGGCACCACAGACGCCUUGUUGAGGUCCAAGGAGGGGGCGGAGAAGGCGGCCUCGGUGCUGAGGCAGUGUCUGAAGGUGUUACGGCGCUCCGGGUCUCUGCUCCAGUUCUCAGACGAGGAUCCUGAUGCCAGACUGGUGUGGUUAGAGACGGCCGCUCAGGGUCAGGGGCUGGCCGCGGCAGACGUUGGGGUGCAGGAGGUCGGGGUGCUAAGGGGUGUGUGUUACUACUGUUACCAAGUGACUGCUCAUCAUGAUGUAAACAAAUAAAAUUUUAAGUUAUUGAAGUGUGUGUGUAGACUUGUGUUUCAUAUCUACACACGGAUAUUCAAACACACCCAGCUUUAUAAAAACGCCAUAUUUCUGUAAUGCAGAAUAACGUAAUCAUUUGUGUUGUCAAAAAAAGAAGAAAGAAAAU